UUCUUAAUCAGGAGAUAAAAAAAAUGGCUCAAAUUGCAAAGAUGGAGGUCCAAACUGAGAUCAAGUCCUCAGCUGACAAGUUCUAUGACAUCUUCAGGAGCAAAAUGCACCUCAUGCCAAAGAUCUGCCCUCAAAACUUCAAGGACGGAAAGCUUGUUGAGGGUGACUGGAACAGUGUGGGCUCUGUCAGAUUAUGGUUUUAUGUUGCUGCAGGUAACACUGAGACUCUUAAGGAAACCACAGAAGCCAUCAACGAUAAAAGCAAGACAAUCACUUUCAAUAUUUUGGAAGGAGAUUUGAUGAAAUACUACAAGUCCUUCAAGCCCAUUCUGAAUGUUAUAGCAUUAGCUCAGGGAAGCUUGGUGAAAUGGACAUUGGAAUAUGAAAAGCAAAACGAGGGCAUCCCUGAUCCUAUCAGGUACGAGGACUUUCUGAGAAGUUGGAGCAAGAACGUAGAUGGUUACCUUCGCAACGCCUAAAUGGGCCAUACAACGUAUCAUAGUUGAUCGUAAAUAAAAGCCGAAGGGCUUUAAAAGUAGCCAGCGAGCUGCCCUUUUGAUUAAGUACGGAAAAUAAAUUCACUCAAUAUCUAUCACUCAGCUCAUCUCUAUCUCCUUAUUUCUUACCUAUAGAAAUAGUGAACCCAAUA